AUGUGGGAGGCGAAGCUGGAGCCCAACGUCAUCAGCUACAGCGCUGGGAUCAGCGCGUGCGCGAAAUGCGAGCAGCGGCAGCGGGCGCUUGCGCUGCUGAGCCGAGUUGCGGGAGGCGAAGCUGGAGUCCAAUGCAGCCAGCUACAGCCUUGCGAUCGUCGCUCUGCUCCGCAGACGCGAUGCGACAGGCUAGUCGGCCACACCGCUGAGGAACAGCGCUUGAGUGAAAGGUGGUCAGUGGCCGCGGGCUCUGGCGCUGUCGAACGAGAUGUGGGAGGCGAUGUUGGAAUUCGGACGUUAUCAUAA